AUGGCGAGACCCGCACUCCUCGUCGCCGACGUCCAAAACGGAGUCGUGGACCUAGUCCUCGGCACGGGACUCUCAGCCCGAAAAGAAUCGUACCUCCAACGCAUGUCCACAACGAUAACAGCCGCCCGCAAGGCCGGUAUACAGAUAAUAUACUGCGUGAUCGAUCUCCGACAAGGCCAUCCGGAGGUAAAACCGGACAGUGCUCUCCAAAAGGCGCUGCAGUUCAUGGGAAAUUUUCUUGAAGGCGAGGGCUCGAAUGUGCACGCAAGCAUUACGCCUCAAUGUCACGAUGGCGACUUGAUAGUCUACAAGCGCCGUGUUUCGGCAUUUGUUGGGAGUGAUUUGGAAAUUGUUUUGAGAAGUUUGGCGGUUGGGAAUUUGGUUGUGACGGGAUUGUCGACGAGUGGGGUUGUUUUGUCUACGAUUCGACAGGCGGCGGAUUUGGAUUUUGAUGUUACGGUGCUGGAAGAUCUUUGUGCUGAGAUGGACUCGGUGGCUGGGGGGGAAUUUGCAUAA